ACAGGCAGGCACGGAGCUCGGGGCUCCCGCCGCUGCCGCCGCCGCCCGGGGCGGGGCCUGGGCCGGACGGCCCGCGCGCUUCCGGGGCGGGGCCGCGGCGGCCGGGGUGUCGGUGCGGCCGGCGAUGGGGGAGGCCGCGCCGGGUGCCGCGCUGGGGCCCAGGGAGGCGCAGGAGCCCGAGGAGGACGAGGCGGCGGCGCCGGGCGGCGCACGAGGGCGCCGGGCCGGAUCCCGCGGCGGAAUCCGGGUGCUGAAGAGGAACGCCAAGCGCCCCGGCAGCAGGAGCUGCCAGAGCAGGAGUCGGGUCGGUUCCCGUGAGAGGACCUGGCUGAAAGGGGACGUCGGACGAGGCUGCGUGUAUGUUUAUGGAAGAGACUCAGCAGCUGCGGCUCCUUCGGACUUGCGCCUAGUCCUCUGCACAGUGGACACCCAAGCCUCGGAGAUCUGUGACGGAGAAGGGAGAAAAACCCUCUUUUUGCAGCUUCAUGGAGACCUGGUCAGGAGGCUGGAACCCACAGAAAAACCCCUUCAGAUUGUGUAUGACUACUUGGCUGGGCUGGGUUUUGAUGAUCCUCUCAGAAUACAGGAAGAGGCAGCAAACUCUGAUCUCAGCUGUAUGAUUCGCUUUUACAGUGAAAAGCCAUGUCAGGUGGAACAGCUGGAUCGCAUCCUGCUCUCUGGAGUCUAUAAUGUACGCAAAGGAAAGACCCAGCUGCACAAGUGGGCAGAGCGCUCAGUCACUCUCUGUGGUACGUGCCUCAUUGUGUCCUCAGUGAAGGACAGCCAUGCAGGGAAGAUGCACAUCUUGCCUCUCGUUGGAGGGAAGGUGGAAGAGAUGAAACGUCGGCAGUACACCCUUGCUUUCACAUCUGCUGGAGCACAAGCUCAGACAUACCAUGUUUCCUUUGAAACGCUGGCAGAGUGCCAGCGGUGGCACCGGCAGGCAUCCACGAUUGUGUCUAUGCGAUUUAGCAUGGUUGAUCUUUCAUGCUACAGCCUUGAGGAAGUACCAGAGCACCUCUUCUACAGUCAAGAUAUCACCUACCUCAACUUACGCCACAAUUUUAUGAGAACAAGUGGAGCAGGGAGUCUUGACUCUCUUUGCAGGUUUUCUCAGUUGAAGAGUCUGAACUUGUCUCAUAAUAGACUGGGAGAGUUUCCUGUAUCACUGUGUGAGAUCUCUACUCUGACAGAGCUUAAUAUUUCCUGUAAUGGACUUCAUUACUUGCCAAGUCAGAUUGGCAAACUGUUGAAUCUCCAGACCUUCUGGCUUGAUGGCAAUUUCCUCACAUCCUUACCAGAAGAGAUGGGAAACCUGCAGCAGCUCAGCUGUCUUGGGCUUUCAUUCAAUAACUUCUGUGAACUGCCAGCAAUUUGUGAAAAACUUGCCACCUUAGACAAACUAGCCCUGGCAGGGAACUUGCUAGAGACCCUGGACCUGACAGUGUUGAACCGUAUGGGUCACAUCAAAAGUGUGGACCUGAGGCUGAACAACCUGAAGAGAGCAGCAGCUGACACUCUGGAGGAGAACAAAUCUGUGGCUUACAUGGAUUUACGAGACAAUCAGAUGACAGAUCUGGAUCUGAGCUCCUUGGUCAGCCUGGAGCAGCUGCACUGCGAGCGAAAUAAGCUGAGAGAGCUGACACUGAGCGGCUUUUCCCUUCGGGCCCUGUAUGCCAACAGCAACUGUCUGACAGCUGUCAAUAUUUAUCCGGUUCCUGAUCUACUGACAUGUCUAGAACUCUCUCACAAUCAACUACAGUGUGUCCCAGACUGGGCCUGUGAAGCAAAGAAACUGGAAGUUUUGGAUGUGAGCUACAACCUACUCUUGGAGCUUCCAUCAAGGAUCCUCAGAAGCUUGAGUCUUCGGAAGUUGAUGGUGGGGCACAAUCGUCUGCAAAGCCUUCCACCUCUUCUAGAACACAUUCCACUGGAGGUGCUGGACCUUCAGCACAAUCUGUUGACUAAACUCCCAGAGACACUCUUUGUCAAAGCUCUGAACCUCAGGUACCUGAAUGCAUCUGCAAACAGCCUGGAGUCCUUGCCCUCCACAUGUCCGGGGGAGGAGAGUUUGAGCAUGCUGCAGCUGCUAUACUUGACUAAUAACAACCUCACAGAUCAAUGCAUCCCUGUCUUGGUGGGACACCCAAACCUACGGAUCCUGCAUCUGGCAAACAACAACCUGCAGACUUUCCCUGCAAGCAAACUUAGUAAGCUGGAGCACUUGGAAGAACUGAAUCUGAGUGGAAACAAACUGAAAACAAUUCCUACAACGGUUGCAAACUGCAAGCUACUUCAUACACUUAUUGCACACUCUAAUGAAAUCAGCAUUUUUCCAGAAAUCCUGCAUUUGCCCCGUAUUCAGUUUGUGGAUUUGAGCUGCAAUGAGUUAACUGAAAUCCUAAUCCCUGAGGCACUGCCAGGUGCCUUGCAAGAGCUGGAUCUGAGUGGAAACACAAACCUGGUGUUAGAACACAAGACACUGGAUAUCUUCAGUCACAUUACCACACUGAAGAUUGAUGCUAAGCCCUCCCUCACAGCAGACUCGGCACUCACUUCUGUCUUCUGGAGUCACGGAGUAGCUGAGAUGGCAGGCCAAAGAAAUAAGCUGUGUGUGUCAUCCCUGGCACUGGGGAGCUUUGCAGAGGGGGUGGAGGCUGUGUAUGGCAUGUUUGAUGGUGACAAGAAUGAAGAACUGCCACGUUUGCUGCAGUGCACCAUGGCCGAUGUGCUCCUGGAGGAGGUACAGCAGUCUGACACCAUGUUCAUGUCCAACACCUUCUUGGUCUCCCACAGAAAGCUGGGCAUGGCUGGGCAGAAGCUGGGUUCCUCUGCUGUCCUUUGCUACAUUCGUAAUGAGGUGGCUGAUCCAGCCAGCAACUUUUCUCUGACGGUGGCCAAUGUGGGGACGUGCCAAGCCGUUCUGUGCCGAAGUGGAAAAGCACUGCCUCUCUCCAAAGUCUUCAGUCUUGAACAAUGUUCAGAAGAAGCCAGGAGAGUCAAGGAACAAAAAGCCAUUAUAACAGAGGACAAUAAAGUCAAUGGUGUGACUUGCUGUACUCGGAUGCUGGGCUGCACAUACCUGCAUCCUUGGAUCCUGCCCAAACCACAUGUCAGUUCCAUUCCACUGACUGUACAAGAUGAAUUGCUACUUCUAGGGAACAAAGCUCUCUGGGAACACCUUUCUUAUGCAGAGGCUGUCUCAGCUGUGCGGCACCUACACGACCCACUAGCUGCAGCAAAGAAACUCUGCACUUUAGCCCAAAGCUAUGGUUGCCAAGACAAUGUUGGUGCAAUGGUGGUAUGUCUGAACAUCAGUGAGGACAACUGCACGUGUGAGAUGCACGGCCUCACUCUGACAGGCCCUGGGGGAUUUAGUUCUACUACCACCAAACCAGCAACACCUUCAUGUAGCAGUGGAAUUGCUUCAGAGUUCAGCAGUGAACUGUCUGCUUCUGAGGUUAGCAGUGAGGUGGGCUCUACUGCAUCAGAUGAACACAAUGCUGUUGGUCUCGACGGCAGCUUGCUACCACGACAAGAACGACGUUGCAGCCUACAUCCUGUGCCCCCCUCAAGCAUCUUUCAGCGCCAACCUUCCAGUGCCACCUUCUCUAGCAACCAGUCUGACAAUGGUCUAGAUAGUGAUGAUGAGCAGCCUGUGGAAGGUGUGAUGACAAAUGGCAGUAAAGUGGAGGUAGAAGUGGACAUCCAUUGCUGUAAAGGAAAGAGUCUGGAAUUACAACAUCCUGCUGCAGAGUACAGCUCUUCUGCUCCAGGGCCAGAGGAUGACUCUGGGCUUGUACUCAUCAUUCGGAGGCAGAACAGUGUAAACAGCAACACUGUGCAGAGAGGGGUUAAGGAGAAGUGUGAACUCCAAAAAUCUCUUUCCACAUGUUGUCUUUAUGGAAAGAAGCUUUCCAAUGGCUCCAUAGUGCCCUUGGAGGAGAGCCUCAACCUCAUAGAAGUAGCGACAGAGGCACCCAAGAAGAAGACAGGCUAUUUUGCUGCUCCAUCCCAGAUGGAGCCAGAAGAUCAAUUUGUGGUGCCACCUGAUCUGGAAGAGGAAGUGAAAGAACAAAUGAAGCAGCACCAGGAGGACAGAGCAGAUCAGGAGCUGAAAGAAGAACAUGCAGCAUCCCUGCCGGAGGAGUUUGACACAGCUCUGUAACCCUACAAGUACCAUUCCCACAUUAUCUGUCCCAGGAAGCUCUGUUUAAUAAGGGCUGUCAUGCCCUCUGAGGGAGCUGGGAUCUGCAAGGAGUACAGACACCUGCUGCUUCCUUAAUGGAGUUGAGGAAGAAUCAGGAAGGCCAUCUGGGCUGUCCACUUAACCACUGUAGCAUCUCAGUUGUUCUAUGAGCACACAGAUCAGCAGCUAAGCUCUGUGUUAGGGACUGUCUGGUAAGUCCUUGAACCCUGAGAUUCUGCCAGCUGUGCUGGACAGGGGCUGGCAUAUGUGUGUAUGGGGUGAGGAGGCUGCUGAGAGAGAAAUGCUCAGUGUUUAGAGUCCUGUGAAUAUUUCUGAUGCAGUGUCCCACCUUCCCCGCCAGCACCUGACUUUGUUAUUCCUUGAACGAGUACAGACAGUUGCAAUGAAGCUGACCUGAGAAUGGUUUCCUACAUUAAUUGCAAGCACUUUUAUUUAUUGCACUGAAGCUGUUCUUUUCCCUUUCAGCCCAGCACUUUAUUAUUUAGGGUUAGGGGAGAAAGCACUCCACAGCAGGUAUGCUGUGGACUUUUCCCAAUGGAUGUUCUUAGGAUAGUGGAGGACUCAGGGUACCAGUGUUCUGAUGGGCACUGGUGUAGGGGAGAGUGAAGGUUAUGAUGGGAUCAUUCUGUGCAGGAUGAGAAAACACAUAGCUGAGUGAUAAGCAGGUGCCAACCGAUGCAUUUUAUAUGGAGCAUAGAAAAGAUCAGGACUGGUUGAUUAAGGCAAUGUGUAGAUCUAGUGGUUCUAGCUGCAGAGCACAGACCCACCUCAGCAGCAGCCUGGCCACCUUCAUCAUGGAUGCUUCACAGUAGAAGCUUCCUCUACAGAAGUCAUGGGAUAAAGCCAGGAGCUUGUGCUUGUCUCAGUGGUCAGUCAGAAGAGUUAAGCUGUAAACAAUGGUGUGCUGUAAGACUGGCAGAAGCAUCCAGUGCUCUUUUCUGUCAACAUAAGCCUCUGCAUUGUCAGCUACAGCAUCUUUGCUUGCCUCUAGAAGCAGGAGUCAUAUUCCAAAUACACAGCAACCAGCAUUUCAUGGUAUGUGCCCAAUUUGGCCACAAACAAGGUGAAAGUGUACUUGUUCCUGCUAAGCCUUCAGCACAAAAGCAAAAAUUAAACUUUUCAUCUUACUCACAUUUUUAUCAGCACUGAAAAGAUGUUUAAAACAGUCCCACUAAUGAUGAACUGGCUAGUCUGCACUCAGAUGCCUUGUUUCCAUUAGGAUUUUUGGUGCAGGGUGUAAGUUGGCUGCAAUUGUUGUCAUCUUGUAUAAGGGUUGUGGACGUCACUGCCUCUGUAGCAUGCAGAUCUGUCUUCCUUCCUGACAGAGCUGGAUAGCAGCUGUCCCUGUCAUGUCAGUGGUGCAAUAAUCCUGACUGUGAUGUGGGCUAGUGCCUUUUCUUCAUUAAUUAUAUAUUUAUGAAGAAAACAUAAACGUUUCUUCUGAAGAGAUCUGAGGGGCUUGAGUUGUCUAUUUUUGGAUCAAAUUUGGGCCUUACUCAGAAGGAAAUACUGUGCAGACUGUUUGUGAAAUUCUGUCAAUAUAGAUCUUUUGACAAAAUCUAAUGGAAUUUUACUGAGAUUUCAGAGCACCUUGAAUUUCUUCUCACUAAGAAAAAAAGGUAUUUCUGUCACGCACGAGGAGCAACAUUUUAGGAUUGUAAUCAUGAAACAACCCAACUUUUUGCAAAGUUUAAACUCUCACAAUUUUUGGUUGUUUAAAUGCUUAUUUCAUUUGGAACUGGAGGUUGAAGCUAACUCUUAAAGUCACAGAAACAAGGAUUUGAAUCCUUUAGGCAGAGGAGAAACAGCAGAAAAGGUUCAAAUGCUAAACCCCAUCCCAAUGUAUUCAGCUGCAACUUUUGAUUCUGUUACUGGUGAUAAUUUUACCAAAUAUCUGUGCCUAGCCUCACAGUUUCUGAUAUCUGAAAGGGCUGUGGAACAGCCUCCAUUCAGUAUGAUGAUCAGGGACUGAUGCAGAAACCCUUAUUUCUGAGUAAGACUCUGACAAGUCCUGCACUCUGAGUAGCAUGUAUGAAUGCAAAUCAGGUCUCUAUUUCUUGCACUGAUAUGGAAAGUCCAGUGUAUCCUUGCCAGUCUGAAUCAGUACUAUUGCAUGCAGAAUUGCCACAAGGAGUUAGUAAUGAAUGGCUCUACCUAUCUCAGUGUUGAAGGAAUAAGAAAAACACAGCUCUGCAACAGAGCAUGCAGAUUUCUGAACUGUACCUCUUGGAGGUAGUGGCAGAAUGGAACAGAAGGAAUGCCUACUUUGACUUUUUCUCCAGUGCUGUUUCUGGUUUUGAAGCAGAAAGGGAGUUUAAAUACAGCCAGCUCCUAUUUUCUAUGGGUGUGAACUGUCAUGGAAGACAUGGCUUGUUAUCUUUCUUACAUUCCAGGAAGAAUCCACAGAUUUCUGUGAAGCUGGUAUUAUGGACUCUGGGCAGCACAGGCUGAGUUGACUUUAGCUGUUCCAAAUAGUGUUUCUUUAUUUGACUAAGACAAGCGCUGGUGUCCUCAAGCAGCUUUUGCAUAUUUUCCAUGUGCUUCUUCCAAGGAUUAAGCUUUUCCUUUUCCAUUUCAGCCACAGCAUUGUGAUGCUUUUUCUCCAGUCAUCCAAAAUCUUUUUCAUGCAUUAAAAAUAGUGCCUGUUCAUCACAGAAAGUGCUGCUUUUUCCUAGGCCACUUUUGGGUGUCAGCAAAGACACUGGCGUAAUUUUUUCAUGCAGAUGUCCUGGAUUUUCUAACAAAAGAUUCCAACUGCUGAGACACGCUUCAAGGUCACUGUCAUCCAAAGAAAUUGGUUUUUUUCUGACAUUGGUCAGACAGUGGUGUGGCUGGGUUAUCUUCAUCUGUCUGGUGAGGACAACUCACAGAACAGAGUGCUUCCCUCCAUUACCUUUUGUUUUCCUUCCUCCCUUUGUGUCUGCCCUACUUUAUUUAUUAACACUACCUUAGAUUUCAAGCUCCCAAGGAGCACUGCUGUAGGUGGAACAGGUAUGAAUGGGCAGUCUACUGAAGGACUCAUAGCAGGGUAUAGAAAGUGUCUUCCCAAUUAUCUUCCUGUUCUCCAGUCCCUUCCCUGAUUUUACAGAGUUUACAGAGAUACUAUGUGAUCAUCACAUAACCACAUCACUGAGAAUGUCCCACUCACUUGCAGACUUUCUGUUAGAGAGGGGUUCUCACCUUGAGGUCCUCUGGCUAUUUUGUCCCUGCUGAGCAAUGCAAGCCCUCCCACACUGCACGUAGCCACAGCCAAGUGAAGCUGAGGAGGUUGCUGGUCCAUCUCUUCAGUAAUUCUGGCUCUGCUGAUAAGCAUGCUUGCUGAGACAGGUACUCUGAAGGCACUGCUCUUGUCCUGUCCUGUCCAGAAAGGCUUCUGUAUUGAGUGGUGGGUAGUGGGGGCCCAGGUGUUAAAGGUAAGAGCCUCCAUGUUGCCCCCAGAACAAGGCCCAGUGGAAGCAGCAUCACAGACUGCUCAUAUCAGACUGCAAUCUUCAGUUAGAUGGGAGGGUAACAUCCUGUUCCAAGGAGGAGGAAGUAUUUUCCUCUCUCAGGGACAAGCUGCUGUGAAGUCUAAAAGCUUUCCUGUAGUACACAGGACCUUCAGCCACACCUAAGGCUUUGGACCUGUGGGGUUUCUGCACUCCUUCCAGACAGAUGCUGGUGGCUUUUGUGUCACUUGCCAAAGGCCUUUCUUCAGGCAGAUCACCUCUUUGGUCUUGUGCAAUCAUUGUCUGCUGUUCUAUUGCUCUUCUAAAGACUCAACUGUAUUUUUCCUCUUUUUUCACAUUUUAAAAUGUUACCUUUUUAAAAUUAUUAAUAUGAUCUGGCGCAUGUUAACUAUUGCAGUGUACCAACCGUUUACUAAAUAAUCCUUUUUCAUGCUUUUUUUUUGUUUUUAAAAAGGAGAGUAUUUUCUGUAUCCCACUCUAGCAUGCACCUAUAAUGAUCCCUGUUUUUAUAGUGUGUGGGAGUAGGUUGUCCAAUGAAUGUGCCCUCAGCACUGUGGCCUAUGUACUGCUUUGGAAAGGCAAAUAACGUGAUUGUUGGAAAACACUAGUCCACUGAUUCUUUAUUCAGAUGUAUAGAGAAGUUGAUGAAGGAAGAGUAUUUUUGCAUUGAAUUUUCAGCUGACUUAGCAAUAAAGAUUUUUACUUUCAUCUAA